AUGGCUGUCCAGCAUAAACAAGACCCAAUUGUCUUGGUCAUAGAUUUCCACCAUGCACGUGGCCCCGAGAUUGAGCAUUGUAUUGCCGACGAAGGAACCGACCCGGCAACCGAGAAUGACUGGUCUCUGCUCCCAUUCAUGGCCCUAUCUGACGGCGCACAUCUGUCUACCGAGGAAUUCUCAUACUUCACACUCUGCCGGAAGGAAACAUCUACUACACCAGCAACCUCCCUCUUUGGCAUCGCCUGCUCCCGCCAGCUCGAUUCAAGUCUGCUCAUAAACCGCUCGCCCGAUGUGACUCGGUCAACGGUACAAAAGGCCGUUGUGGUCGUGACAGAUACUCCGCAGCGAGUAGGUCAGCUGCGUGAGAAGCUCUCCGUCGUGACUUCGGCUUGGUUCGCACAACGAGACUUUUCGGACAUUGAUAUCUUGAAGAAAUUCCGCGAGGGUUUGGUGAUUGCUCUAUUGAACGAUGGCCCUAAAGAUCAGAAUUUGGGCCUUUCGCUACGGGAGAUGAUUCACGAAUUCAAAUUUCAGACUUUGGUUCUUUUCAAGGCACUACUAUUACAGCCUAAGAUGCUUUUCUUCGGGACGCGCUGUGAGCGCCUGUGCAUGAUUCAGUUCUCGCUCAUAUCUUUAAUACCCGGGCUCCUCAACCAUUUGCAGGACUGUGCAGAUCCUGCCUUUGACACUUAUUCUCAAACGGUUGAGAAACCAACGUCCCUCAAGACGAGCGACAGGAAUUCUUUGCUGGCAUAUAUGGGGCUUCCGCUGCAGAUUUUUGGAAAGGGAAGCAUGUUUUGCCCCUAUACACCUCUCCAGCUACUGGAUCUGCUGGCGGAUGAUGGCACCAAAUCAUAUGUGGUUGGCUCAACAAACUCGUUACUUCUUCAGCAAAAGGAUCGCUACAGUGACAUUCUAAUUAACCUCGACGAAGACAGUAUCGUCAUAAAUUCCCCUUCUCUCCGCAGUGCGCUGGCUCUUUCCGCGGCCGAUCGGCGCUGGAUUGACCUGCUCACACAAAUUGUCAAUGACACCUGGGACGAGGAACAUCCUUCACAGCCCAAGACCCUUGGCUUUAUGGGCUCAGAGGAGUUCAUUCGACUGCAGUUCGAAGAAUACUUGCUGGCAUUAUUAUCCUCAAUGAAAUACCACGAGGAGCUCCACCCAUCUGAUGUUGGAGAAUCAGGGAAUCUCAGCAAAACCCAGCUGCAAAAUUUGAACAUUGAAGGGGACCCUGCCAUCGACUUCAAUACGGAAUUCCUGGCCCAGUGGAAAACCACAUCUAAUUAUGCCUUGUUUUCGCGUCUCACCUCGGAUGCGCUCCUAUUUUCCAUCACUGAGCCACGGCAUCCAAACGCCGGCGGUCUGACGAUGGAAGAUGUCCAAAGACGACUCGCACAACAGGUAGCAGACCUCCACCUCGAUGAGCGUGUCCGCGAAGGCCGCGAGGCUCUGAACCGCCACUUCUCAACUGGACAAAAGAAAGUCAGCGCGGCAUUCACCAGCUUUUGGUCCGACAUCGAGUCAAUGCGCGAAGCACAACGCAAACGGAACGAAGAGAAAACAGCCUCCCAACCCCAAUCCCAACGUGCAUCUAUCGAAAAAGAAACCCCAAUAUCACCAACCCCUUCCUCACAAGACCCCACCGAUGCCUCCUGGUUCGCAGGCCGGCAAAGGCCCUCCGUCGACUUAACACAGGCCCAGGCCUCCGUGACCGUAGCCAGCCAAAAGGCCAGCUCCUAUCUCAGCUCGUGGGGCUCAUGGGCGAGCGAAAAGCGCCGUGAAUGGCAAGACAAGCGUGUCACAUCCCCGGGCCCGAAUGCCACUGCCGCUCCCAAUGCCGGCAUGACUUCACCAUCCACACCCGUCUUGUCCGUCGUUACCGAAGCAGCUGAGUUGGACCGCGGCCGUCGCCGUUCCAUUCAGCAUAAUAGUGAAGGCAAUGAUAGCUCCGAGGGUGGUCUUACUCGCAGCGUCAGUCGAAGGAAGAGAUGGAGUAAUAUCCUUCUCAGGCGCGACAGCGGCGAGUUCCAGCGUUACGAUGAUGUCUCCACAUCUGACUCUGUCGAACCUCCCUUCCCCAAGUCUCCUCUGUCGCAGGGACUCCCGGCCUAUGCGGACGAUGCGGAACCCAAGGAGACACAAGACCACCUUAUUCAGGAUGGGAAGACUUCUGGGCGUGAUACCGUUGAUGCAGAUGGCUUCUCUUCUGUGGCUCUCACGCCCGAUGAAGGCUUGAGGUUGACUUCAAAGACCGAGGAGAUUGUUCCCCAGAGCCCAAAAGAAAAGGAACCUACACCCUCGAGCGGUGAAGUGGUUGAUACACCGCCCGAGGAAUCGACGGCAGCACUCCCUGUCAAAGAGACGCUUCCAACCCAGAGCAAAGACUCGUCUGGUACGAACUAG